UACAAAACAGCUGUGAAUAGCAAGAAAGAGCAGGAAAGAGGUUCACCCUUGUAAAAAUAUUUCAUCAUUAUUUCAUCGUUUGUGCAACUUCUUAGCUGUGGGUGAGCAUAAAUCGUCAUUACAAACAGCUGCGAAUAGCAAGAAAGACCAUGCAGGAAGGAGGUCCAUUCUUGUAAAAAUAUUUCAUCAUUAUAGUUUAUCAGCGGGGAGGACAAAUAGACUGUUGUCCAUGCGCUUGCCACGUAUAUCUUUGAGGACUGAGGAAUUCUGUUGGAUCAGUAUGGGCUGGAUUGGACUUUUUUUUAAAGGUUAAGCUAUGAAAUGAUUUACUUCUUGAUUUGAGCAAAUGUUUUUGGAUAUUUGCUGCUCUUCCUGUUCCUGUUUAGCAAUCAUAUCUCGUUAGUUUCCGCUUUGAUUGACGUCGAACAAUUGCGACAAGAACUGCUGAUAAUCAACAGUUUUCCGCUUUGAUUGACGUCGAACAAUUGCGACAAGAGCUGCUGAUAAUCAACAGUUUUCCGCUUUGAUUGACGUCGAACAAUUGCGACAAGAACUGCCGAUGAUCAACAGUUUUUAAGAAAAAGCUGGUAGUUUCAUUCUCUGGCGAAGCCUCCUAAAGCCCCAAUAACAAAGCUUUACUGCGGUCCAGUUAUAUCAUACUGAACGGUAAAUGACAGAGAACGUUAUUAAUACUCCAAGUCAAGACUUGAUAGGUAUAGGUAAUAACCUAAAAACAUCCUGACAUCCUUUUUUUUUUCUUUUAUGACAUCUUGAUCAUUACGUCAAAGCAGAUCAAAAUGGCAAAAUGGCAUUGUUCACCUACUUAAAGUUUUUAUUUCACCUUUGGGACACGAGCACGGGCAGAAUUAUGGUUUUCAUAAAUAUCUUUCAAAGGUGCAAAUCUUAAACAGUUAAAAGACAAGAAGAUAGAUACGCAGACAUGGACGCACAGAUAAAUGACAAUGGAGAAAUACCUCUGGUGAAUGUGAAUGAUGGAAGCGGGGAUGCUGAAGAAAACCAUGAAAAGAAGGCAGCGAGAGAUAGAAAAGAGUCCCGUUUCAUAAGCACUGUUUCCAUGAAUUCCGGAAGUGAAGAUGACGGGGAAUACGGAAAAGAAAAAGUCUUAGGUGGUAAAUCCACGAGGCUUCACAAGCUGAUUUUGGAAGGAGAAGUGGAAGAAGUAGAAAAAUUGGUAGCCAAGGGGGGAGCGAUCAAUAACGGAGACAAGUCAGGAAAAACUCCUCUGCACACCGCUAUUCUCUCAAAGCAGUUUAAGAUUGUCGACAGGCUGUUGGAAUGUGGCGCUGACGUCACUAUAAAAGAUGAUGCAGGAGACACUGCACUGCACACUGCCAUUCAUGUCGGAAGCGAAAGACUGGCACUAACCCUAUUAAAACGGGGCCGUGCAGAUGCAAACGCUCCGGGCCGUAACUCGUGUACGCCCUUGCACCUUGCUGCUGAAAUGGAUAACGAAAAGAUUUGUCAAAUAAUGAUUGAUAAUUCAGGAGACACAAAAAGCCUCGACGAUGACCGAAUGACGCCAUUGGCACAUGCGAUGGAAAGAGGCGCAGGAAAGUCAGCUGAAUUUCUCUUGAAUCAUGCGCGACAGCUAGGGACAGUUGAAGACUUUUUAUAUGACGUUGAUGUUGAUGGCAACAGUCUCCUUCAUCUGGCUGUGAACAGUGGUGUACUUGCGGUCGUGCAACACUGCACUGAAUAUGGAGUGAGGAUAAGACAACCCCGGAAACUUAAUAGGGAAACAGCUUUUCACUUGGCGUGUGAAAUGGGAUCCAUGCCAAUAGUGGAAUAUCUCGUCAGUAAAGACCCGGCGCUCUGCCGAAUAACUCUUGUUGACUUUAGGGGACGGACACCACUUCACAUGGCUGCAAAACGAAACCAUGCUCACGUUGUUAACUUUCUUCUCGAAAAGGGGGCGAUGGUAGAUCCCAAGUCAGACGAGAGACGCACACCAUUAUUCAUGGCAGCCGAAAAUGGCGCUUAUGAUGUUGUUACUCUACUUAUGGAACGUGGUGCUGACGUCACUAUCCGAGACACUGAGUUGCGGUCUGUUUUACACGCUGCUGUGGGCCAUCCUCGUGUCAUGGAAGAUCUUCUUCAGAGUCCUGCGAUGAUGUCCCUUAUCACCGAGAAAGAUGCGAGUGGUUACUCUGCUGUCCAUUAUGCAGCCAUGAAGGGAAACAUUGCGACUUUGGAGCUUUUCGUUACCAAAAACAAGGCAGCUGCAAGUGUGACAUCAGAUUCCCUGGAAACACCCAUACACGUGGCUGCGAGAUAUGGCAGAACUGAAGCCAUAGAGAAACUUAUGGAUCGACAGAAUGCUCGAAUCCUAAAUCUACAAAACAGUCAAGGAAAAACUGCCCUACACUUCGCAUGUACAGAAGGACACGAUCGUUCAGCAGAAGUUCUUUUGAGAUUAGGAGCAACCAUUGAGAAAGAUCGACAAGACCGAUCUCCGCUCCAUUUGGCAGCCUCCAAGGGAUGCGCGAAAUGCUGUGAAUCGAUCCUUCAAAAGUUCGAGGAUUGUAUAAACAUGGUGGACAAAAAUAAGAACACGGCUUUACAUCUAGCAGCCAUCAACGGUCACGCUUCUGUGGUGAGCUUAUUGUUGUCCGCCGAUCGCAAAGCCGAAGUCACACGUAACAACACAAAUGAUAACAUUCUGGACGCUGCUGUUAAAGAAAAAAAGAGUGACGUUGUCAUGGUGAUUGCCGGAAAUGACAGAUGGAGAGAGGUCCUCACAACAUGUUCAACAGGCGUGGUCCCGCUGCUGCAAAAACUCGUGGAAGAUAUGCCGGAUGCUUUAGUGCGAAUUUUAGAUCAGCUUGUUACAGAAAGUGGAGAUCAAAACAGUAUGAAUUACAAGGUCAGUUAUGACCUCGCUUUGAUUCAAGGAGUAUUCGCAGAACCCGAGAAAAACUCACGAAGAACCACGGAUACUGGAGAAACCGGAAAAAAGGAUUCAUCAAAAGACAAAGCCAAAGACAAAACCAAAGAGACGAAACGAUCUGAAAUCAACUCAUUGGCUUUAAUAGAGACCAUGGCGAUUCAUCGCAGAGAGCGGUGCUUGACGCACCCUGUCAGCUUUCAUUUAUUGAAUACUAAAUGGAAGAAGUUUGGCUGGGUGACAUUUGGAAUCAACUUGUUAACUUAUUUCCUCUUUAUUAUACCACUGACCACCUUAGCCGUGUACACGCGAACACACGAAGAUGAUUUAUGUGGCUUUAAUUCUUCCAAUCCCGACGAGAAUAAAGAUGAAUUUCCAUGUACUUUUUCAAAUGUGGUGGUUCAGGUGUUUAAUUACUUUGUGUUGAUAACAGCAUCAGGCCAUCUCAUAAAGGAACUCAUUUCUAUGUUCCAUACGCGGCUUUCGUACCUGGAAGAUGUCAGUAACUUCUUGGAGUGGGUUUGUUAUAUAGCAUCAAUUCUGUACGUUAUACCACCAUGUGACUGUAAAGCUGGGUUUAAGAGAGAAGUUGGCGCGGUUGCGCUGUUCUUUGGUUGGAUGAAUCUCAUCUUAUACUUUAGAAGACUGUCUUCCUACGGUCAAUAUGUCAUCAUGUUGUCAACGAUGUUUGUAACAUUAUUAAAGGUUCUGCUUCUUUGGAUGUUGUUUAUAAUGGCAUUUGGGACAACAUUUUUAUUGAUCAUGAAUGACUCUCCUUUCGAUACCUUUGGUACUUCGAUGAUGACGAUGUUUGUGAUGACUUUGGGAGAGAUGAAUUACCAUGAGAACUUUCUUCCGUGGGAUAAUCUGGCCUUCUCGACCCUGACCAAUAUUUUGUUUAUUGUGCUUGUUCUUGGAAUGCCUAUCAUUAUGAUGAACAUGCUGGUUGGUCUGGCUGUUGGUGAUAUUGACAAAAUUCAGCAGAAUGCUCUCAUGGAUCGAUAUGUCCUUCAAGUUCGACUGCUUGUGGACAUCGAAAAUUCUCUUCCAGAGUUUAUAAUGAAACGUGUGCAAGUGUACUCGUACAGCGAGUUUCCGAACCAUCCGAAGACAAUUAAACAAAAGUUGAUCGAUGGCCUCAUUGGCUUUGAUAAACCUCAAGUCAGUAUCGAGGAAGAAGCUGAUGAGAUGUCACCGGAAAUGGUAAAAGUUUUGGAGAGAAUACAAAAGCAAGAAGAAAAAAUGCAAAAGAUGUACGAAAUGAUGAAAGAGCAGUCAGAUGUUUUAAAAGAAAUACAAAGUAGAAAGAAAGACGAGAAACAGAAAAAGAAAGACGAGACAAAGACAUCCAGUAAACUGGGUUUAUUUGGAUUUUCAUGAGUUCUUUACAUAAUUACACAAGCCAUUACGCUAACUCGUAUGAUUUCCAGAUUGUAAGAUGCUUGUGUUUUAAGCGUACUUGAUACUUAUAUAUAUUUUGAUGAUAUUUUGACAUUUUUUACUGUUAUGUUAUUCAAAAAGUCUGGUGAGGUUAGAUAACGCUAUUCAGUGCAUCAUAACGAUCUACUGGUCAUAAUGAAAAUAUAUUACCAUGAUCUGCUGAUGCAUUAUGUUAUAGUGCAUUCUCCGAAUGAGUAUGCUCUAAUGCGCUUUACGGCACUUUGCAGGGGACUUUGGUCAAACUGUAUUGAGCAGUUUACGAUUUUUGAAAGAGAACAUUACAGGUGCCGCCAAUUUAGGAAUUUUUUGUGAGCAAGGCCAGACCACAGCACUGGCAGCAAGGUUCCCCUUUUUUUUUUGUAAGAACUGAGCGGGUUCUUUAACGUCUCCUGCUAACCAGCAUAGAGACGAAACAAAAGUCAGGGCCAUACAGUUUUAUAUAUUUUAUCUUACAGCUAUUGACAGAUCUUUAAGCGCACAUUUUCUCAGCCAGAGGCUGUAAUUGCGAGAGUCCAAAGGUUCUUAAACAUUUGAGAAUAAGUUGAAUCAAUUUGCCAACCGCAAGGUCACGCUGCUUUAGGGAAUCACUUCUUCAGGAGAAUAUUUGUAAGUCACUUACGUAAAGCUGUAAAUUAAAGAGACGUUUAAAAUUUAGGUGACUAACGUGCACCAUACAGGGUUUUAUAUAUUUCGAAUGCAUGAGUAAUAGCGAUACUGAUGAGAAACUUGUAGAAGCAGAUGAAUUAUGAAUAAAGACGAGGCAAAUACCA